AUGGAUCGAAGCGAAGAAGAUAUGAAAUUCGUUGGCUUCUUCGGCAUCUUCAAACAAUCAUUCAAAACCAUCUUCUCAUCGAACAAAAUCUUCGCACAAAUCACUCUCACCUUAAUCCUACCUCUGACAAUCGUGUUUUUAGCUCACAUGGAAAUCUCCCGUCAUUUAUUCUGGAAAAUCGAGAGCGAUUCGUUGGUGUCCGAGAGUGAUUCCUACUAUCGAGCCCGAGCAACCGCCGCCGAUUGGCUCUACUACUGGCUAUUCAAAGUCGCAUACAUGACCUUAUUCGCCGUCUUCUCCCUCCUCUCCACCGCCGCCGUCGUCUUCACCAUCGCCUCCAUCUACACCGACCGAGAAGUCGUUUUCCGAAAAGUUAUGACAGUCGUUCCAAAGGUCUGGAAACGACUCUUUGUCACUUUCGUGUUCAUAUACAUCGCGUUCUUCAUCUAUAACGUAAUUGGAGGUGUUGUUUUGGUUAUAAUCAGAUCUAUUUUUGGGUAUUCAGGCAUCGGUAUAAUCCUUUGGUUUAUCAUCGUCAUCUUAUACAUCAUUGGUUUCUUAUAUCUGAGCGUUGUUUGGCAAUUGGCUAGCGUCGUUACUGUUCUCGAAAACACCUAUGGAUUCAGAGCUAUGAGGAAAGGUAAGGAUCUGGCGUAUGGGAAGAAGAAAGUGGGAAUGGGAAUUGCAUUCGUGUUGUACGGAUUUUUGUUAGGAUUACUUAUUGUGUAUGAGUUGUUCGUGGAAUACGGUGAUUUGGCGAUGAUUUGGAGGGUGAUGAUCGGAAUAUUAUGUGGGGUUCUGAUUUUGAACUUGUUCUUGCUGUUCAUCGUCACCCAAACGAUGCUUUAUCUAGUCUGCAAAUCGCAUCACCGGGAAGUGAUUGAUAAGCUUAGUUUGUCGACGUUUUUAGGAGCUUAUAUGGGGGAGACGGUGGUGUAUCCCGCCGCCGGCGAGGAAAUCCAGCUUGGGAGACCUCAAUCGCAAUCUCAACAGGUUUGA